AUGAUGAAGUCGAUUGUUAUUCUCUGUUUUUUGCUUGUUAAUACUCAUUGUGCAUCGAUACCCGACCAAUAUCUUGAUGAUGAAUGGAAUCUUUUCAAGCACACUUAUGAAAAACAAUAUAACUCGAUGGAAGAAGAAGUAAUGCGACGAAAUGUUUGGGAAACGAACCUAGCUAAAAUCCAUGAACAUAAUCAUAAAGCUGCCCGAGGUCACUACACUUAUCGCUUGGGAAUGAAUCAAUUUGGUGAUAUGACGCAUAAAGAAUUUCAAACCAAACUAACUCCCAUGAAAAUACCGAAAAGUACUGGAGAAUUGAAACCGACUCGACGUCAUGUGAAUGUUCCACAUGCUGUUGAUUGGCGUAAUGAAGGUGCGGUUACGCCAGUUAAAGAUCAAGGAAAAUGUGGUUCAAGUUGGGCCUUUUCAGCGACUGGCUCUCUUGAAGGACAACAUUUUCAUCAAACAAGAAAACUUGUAUCACUGUCUGCCCAAAACUUGAUUGAUUGCUCGGACAGUUUCGGAAAUGCCGGCUGUAAUGGUGGAUUGAAUGAUUUUGCUUUUCAAUAUAUCAAAGUCAAUGGUGGAAUCGAUACGGAAGAAAGUUAUCCGUACGAAGCACGCAAUGGUAAUUGCCGAUUUAAUCGUACAAAUAUUGGUGCCAAUUCGACUGGUUUUCGGGAUGUGAAAGUCAACGACGAAAAUGCGUUGACAUACGCUGUUGCAAUUAUUGGCCCAAUAGCAGUGACUAUUGAUGCAUCGCAACCGUCAUUUCAAUUUUAUAAAUCCGGUGUUUAUGAUGAACCAAAGUGUUCAUCAACUCAAGUUGAUCAUUGCGCUCUAGCGGUUGGUUUCAAUGCAACGGAUAAUCAACUUUAUUAUAUUGUGAAGAACUCAUGGGGCACCACUUGGGGCCAAAAUGGAUAUGUAUGGAUGAGUCGAAACAAAAACAACCAAUGUGGAAUAGCUACGAUGGCGAGCUAUCCUCUUGUUUGA